AUGAAUUUGAAAUGUGUCAUUGAAAUAGAUAAACAUGUUAUUAAGCUAGCUGAUGAGCUAGUGUACAGUAGAAAUGUUGCUGAACAGUAUUUUGUGUCUUUUGAUUUUGGAUAUUGGAUACUCCCAGACUGGUUUGUUGAUGAUGUGAUUGUAUACGAGUCUAACUACACUGAUUAUAAUGAUGCCUAUAAAAUCAGAAGUCUAACUGAUACCAGGCUAAGAGACAGUAACGUUACUACAGUAGGCUUUCAGCUUCACUGUGAUAUAAGAGCAGCCGUAGAUCUUGAUGGUCACUGGAGAUCGAGUUUUCCGUCAAAAAGCAACAAGAAGUUUAUUGGAAUGAUAGUUGAGAAUCCGGUUAUAAAUAUAAAAGAAGGAGAACAAACAAGAAUAAAGAUUCGGUCCACUGUUCCUAUUGGUUGUUCUGAACAUGAGGAGUGUACAUUAACAUUAACUGCUGAUAUACCCCAGGAAGGAGAAGAUCAAUGUGAACCUACUCCUACAGCUAAUGGUGGGUGUGGUUUGGCUAUUGAAACUUCCGAAUGGAACAAGUCGCAUCAAUUAAACAUCAGUUCAACUGUAACUGAAGAUUAUGGACAAGCGGUUAUUCAAAAGAAAAUAUUUCUACGAACGACGUAUGCAUAUUUCAGUCAACCUAUCUGGGGGAAUUAUUUCCUUCAGCCAGUAACGAUCUAUAUAGUCAAGGACACAUCACUCAUUGAAGACAGCUCUUGUAUAAUGUUUAGCAAUUUGUAUUUAUGGGAUUUCUACAGCAUCUGGGGAAUCAAAUCAUUUCAACUGGUUGGUACAUUCUACAUAUUUAAAAUGGAUAAUGUGGAGGCCCAGGUACAAGUAACGGAAUGUUCUGGAGAGACGGGAUAUUGUAUUUGUGGUGUUGUAGUAAGAGUAGGAAGAACUGCCUUUAUGAUCAACCACUGUAACCUAGGAUACUGGUAUAUUGACUAUAUAUUAUGUGACGAUGGUGGCGAUAUUCUUGAUGUAAGAAAAAUAAGAGAACAGUUGUUUGAGAUACAUUUCCCAAGUGGUUCAAAAAUAAGCAUCUCUCAGAAAGAAGACUGGCUGAUGAUAGCUAUAUUCCCAUCGAUGAGAGAUACCGAGAAAACAACUGGUUUAUGUGGUGAAUUAACAGCUAAUCAACCGACCGUGGAAUACAAUGACGUAUAUUUUAAUUCAUUCAGAGUCCAGGCAGAAGUGAACUUGUUUAAUCCGGACAACUGGGAAACCCUGCCUGAGUGGACUACACACACGGGCAGAUUCCAAUAUUGUCGUUGUAAUGAAUUAGCUGAUACAAUACGCUCAACUCUGGACUGUAGUCCAGUACCAGGGGCAACAACCUGUUCCUCAGAAACGGACUAUACCUUGUUCCAUAAAAAAAGAUGUAUCAAUCCUUUACGAAAGAAAAGAUCGCUUCCUCGGGGUUCACAACCUGAAAUAGUACACCACCGACGACCCAAACGGGAUGUAAGUUGGAAGAAUGGAUGGACUAUGGACAGUGCUAAUGAAUAUUGUUCUGGUCUGUUUAAUAAUUCUAUGGUUAUUAAGAGAUGUGAAGGUAUAAGAGGUAUUAAUAUUGAAGGGGCUAUAGAAACAUGUGUCAGAGAUAUACAGCUCAGUGGAGCUGAUUUGUUUGCUAUCUCAGCCAUAUCGUAUAUCAGUUCACAAUGUUUACAUGAAGCCAGAAUGAAUCGGAGUUUAAGGGAAGAAAAGGUAGAAAACGGUAAAACUAUUCUGGAGUUGGUGAAAGAAGUUGCUUGUCCUGGGGAAUGUUCAGAUCGGGGACUUUGUGAAGACGGUAAAUGUAUCUGUAACUCUGGGUAUAUUGGAUCCGACUGUUCAGUAUCACUCAAUGAACCACCAUUAGCUCACAAUCUAGAAGCUGAUGGACAUUGUGAUUUAUCAGUAGACGAUUGUACUGAUGUGGCUGUUUUUGGUGGAAGAUUUGUAGAUGCUGACCAGACCAAGUGUAAACUGUUACCAUUUGAGGUAAUAGAGAAUGACCACGUUACUGUCAGUGAAGAAAGAAUAAUACAAACAGCAGUAUUUGAGAGUAUUGGAGAAGUAACGUGUAAAUUACCAUCUAGAAAACGUAGAAGAAGAUCAGUAGAUGUACCAGUUAUUGAUGAAACUGUGACUGGUUAUAAAGUCUCCGUAUCUAAUAAUGGUCAGAACUACAGUCAACAGUUAAAUCUCAUCAUAUAUAAUACAGAAUGUAUAAACUGUAAUAUAGAUAACUCGAAUGAAAUGAACUGCUCAUUUUCGGUUAACUAUUGUAUUAUAGAUACUAUAUGUUAUAGUAAUGGUUUAUUUCAGUCUAACUAUUGUAUUAUAGAUACUAAAUGUUAUAGUAAUGGUUUAUUUCAGUCUAACCAUUGUAUUAUAGAUACUAAAUGCUAUAGUAAUGGUUUAUUUCAGUCUAACUAUUGUAUUAUAGAUGCUAUAUGUUAUAGUAAUAGUUUAUUUCAGUCUAACUGUUGUAUUAUAGAUGCUAUAUGUUAUAGUAAUGGUUUAUUUCAGUCUAACUAUUGUAUUAUAGAUACUAUAUGUUAUAGUAAUGGUUUAUUUCAGUCUAACUAUUGUAUUAUAGAUGCUAUAUAUUAUAGUAAUGGUUUAUUUCAGUCUAACUAUUGUAUUAUAGAUGUUAUAUGUUAUAGUAAUGGUUUAUUUCAGUCUAACUAUGGUAUUAUAGAUGCUAUAUGUUAUAGUAAUAGUUUAUGUCAGUCUAACUAUUGUAUUAUAGAUGCUAUAUGUUAUAGUAAUGGUUUAUUUCAGUUUAACUAUUGUAUUAUAGAUGCUAUAUAUUAUAGUAAUGUUUUAUUUCAGUCUUACUAUUGUAUUAUAGAUGCUAUAUAUUAUAGUAAUGUUUUAUUUCAGUCUAACUAUUGUAUUAUAGAUGUUAUAUAUUGUUAUAGUAAUGGUUUAUUUCAGUUUAACUAUUGUAUUAUAGAUGCUAUAUGUUAUAGUAAUGGUUUAUUUCAGUCUAACUAUUGUAUUAUAGAUGCUAUAUGUUAUAGUAAUGGUUUAUUUCAGUCCUACUAUUGCAUUAUAGAUGUUAUAUGUUAUCAUAAUAUUUUAUUUCAGCCUGAUCAUUGUAUUAUGGAUAAUGUAUGCUAUGGUAAUGGUACUAUGUAUAAUACUGGUGACAGAGAAUUUACAUGUCGAACUGACAGUGGUGGAAAAGCUUGGCUACCUGGUAAUUAUCGUAAUUGA